GUUCAAGCUUGCUAAUUGUUGACUCAGCCCUGGGCAUCAUUGCUAUCAUGAAGAUGAGGAAUCUUUUUCCAGCGAUUUUUCUUGGACUUCUUGCCGUGAUCCACUCCUCACCUAUUGACUCUAUGACCCAGAUUCCUGCCAGGCCAGAGGAGGACGUUCUAGAAGAGGCCAUGACUGAUGGGUUCCUUGUUGAACACUUUACUGGCCCCUCAUUCACAACUGAGCCACCCAAAAUAAAUACAACAGUUCAGGCAUCCCAGCAGCCAUCUUUGGAAAUCUUACCUGAAGGCAGCGGUUUCUACCGUACUUCUGCCACUGAAUCACAUGAAACGACCACAACCAACUUGCAGACAUUGUUUGUAGACUCAAACGAGGGCAGUGGUUUCCUCGGGACACCUACUUCACCAACAACCAAAACACCUGAAAUCACUAGAACUAUUUCUCCGUCUCCACAAGUGAUCUUUGAAACCCCAGUUGAGGGAAGUGGCUUCACAGAAUCUCCUACAACAGAAUCUGCCAAGCUAUCUACAGUCAUUCUACAGACGAGCACAGAUUUCCUAACAAAUGGGAGCAGGGACAGUUCAGUAUUCAGUUUAAGUCCUACGACAACAUCUCAGAGUGCUUCAACUGCAUUGACCCCUUCCUCCACAAAAAAGUCUAUGCAAUCACCAUCCACUGAAAUUUUUUUAAAGCCAAUAGGCAGAGGCUUUAUCGGACAAUUAGGAAAAGGUCGAGAGGUCUUUACCGAAGGAGUUUCAACAAAACAAGUUCAUCACCCCGAAGAAGAUGUAGGCAUGCACAAAGGACACAUCACACCUGAUUGGAUCAUCAUCCUUGCAUUUCUAAUUGCCCUGGCUGCACUUAUAGCUCUUUGCGCUGCCAUUGCUACCAGAGACAAAUGGAAUGGUCCACAGCAGACAUCUGAGAACAAAACUAAUGCUUCGAACCAGAAGAGGGAGCUGGAGAUGCAGACUUUCCUGCACAAAGAAGAGCCCAAAGAGAAUGGAAUGGAAACUGAGUACACGGUUAUUCCACUGGACGAUCUUACUGACCAUCAUUCAUAAGACUGAGUUUCAGAGACCAACCCUCAGACUCAGCUGUUAAUCAUAAGACUGUUUCUUAAAGAUUAUAACAUUUGAACAAAGGAACAAAACUUGACAUAUUUUUUAUUAAAUCUGUCAAAAUUGGGCUGUUUUUCUUUUUUCUUCUUUUUUAAUGAUGCCUUUCAAAAGCUUUAACGAGACCUGUACUUGAACUGUAAAACAAAACAAAAACAAGCAAAAAAAAAAAUGGCAGAGAUAUUUAUUUUCAUAAUUAACUUUUUUCAUUACUUGUAAGAUAGACAAAUAUAUAUGUGUGGUGCACAAAUAUAUUUUAUUUCAUUUCAACAAGGAAAGAUUUUACAAUGUAUAUUAUUUUUUCCUUUUUUUACUUUCUUACAAUUUGUAUUUUUUAAAUGUGUAUUUGUUUUAAUAUUAUUUGAGAGUCUUGAUAGUGAAUAAUGUUUUGUGUGUUCUAACUUAUAUGAAACUACUCUGCUGCUUUCCCAUUUUCAUUUUGCAAGCUGGGAGCACUGUAUGGAGCUCAGCCUGCUAACUCCACUGCUCUUCCUUCUCCCACACGGCACUUCAAAGGUUGUGAAAUGCACUUGCCGAAUAUCCACUGCAUCCCACGUCAAACAGGAAAUAAACACAACAGAAACACAUCGGUACAUA